AGAUGGAGUGGUCUGAUGUGGGAGCAACAUGAAACAUCAGGCGGAAUAUUUUUAGGAGCUUCUUCCACACCUCCACCUCUCCUCUCUCCAUCUCUCUCUCUCCUCGAUCUCUCGCUGACGGCUGCUCUCUUUUCUCCUCGCUCCUCUCUCUUCACAUUCAGCAGCUCUCAGCCUGUGAGGAAGAGGAGGAGAGGAUGAGGCAGGAGAACAGAGUAGAGUAAAAUAGAGCAGAGCGGAGUGCAUGCGCGUGAAAUCGGCGGCUUUAUCGGCUCUUCUCUCUGGGAUAAUUCUGAACUUCUCGGGUUUGUUCCUCUUUUUCUGCAUGUCGGGAAGUUGUUGACGAGUUGAUGUAGGCGGGUGGAUGAAGAUGCUUUCCUCUCGCUCCACAGAGAUGUGAAGAAACGUCACGGUGAAGCUCUUUGAUUCUUCUGUUUGUGGCGCGUAAAUCGAGAAAAUCCCUGCUGCCAUGUGCACUUCCAUCGGAGCGUCUGAAAGAUGGAGGCGACCUAAAGUGAUAAAUUGCCCAGCAGACACGAUGAGCUCUUCGAUCGAGGCGUAAUCACUCAACAAAUGUUAAUUCAGAGUUUUUCUUUAUUCCUUUAUUAAUCGUCUCCAGGCCAGUGCUGCAUCUUAACUUCUGUGACUAGUGUGGGAACCUUUAGGGUUAUUUAGGGAACAGGUAUUCCGUUCUUCUCCCGAGCUUUCAGCUGAAUCUCUGGAUAUUUAAAGUUUCCAUCUUUCAGAGCUCCAUCAGGAUUUGUGAUCUAUUUCCAAACCCUCAGCUGAAGAGUGCGUUUGAGAGGGACUUCAUCACCGUUCUUUGGAUUAGUCAUCAGAAAGGAAGCCUCAACAUGUAAACAUAUACUCAUAAAUCAACUAUUUAAACUGUUUAAGAGGAAUAUCUGUUUCUUAACAUCGGAGUUCACACAGGUUUUGUGCGGUGAAACAUACGAACGUGAAACAACUUCGGGUUCUUCACUUUUGUGGAUUUUCAGGAUGCUUCUGGUGUUUUUGUUUUGAAGCCUGUACGUGUGACCGUUGUGCAUCGGCUGUUUCUCACAGCGGAUCUCUAACGUUUUGGUUCCUAAUCAACGAUCUGCCAUAAGGGAGAACAUUUUUCAUCCAGACUCGGUCCCUCCGAGGCCCGUCAGGCGACAUGUCACCUGUUUUGGACUGAAGGGUCGUCAGCGUCAGACUCGGACAGCAGGAGCAGAUAUUUUGUUCCUCUGUGGCUUCAUCCUCCUCUCAGAGAUAUGGCGGCGGCUAUCGCCAGCUCCCUGAUCAGACAGAAGCGCCAGGCCCGCGAGUCCAACAGCGACAAAGUCGCCACUAACAAGCGACGCUCAAGUCCCAGUAAAGACCCGAGGUCUCUGUGUGAGCGACACAUCUUCAGCGUCUUUAGCAAAGUUCGCUUCUGCAGCGGAAAGAAAAGACCAGUACGCCGGAAACCAGAGCCGCAGCUGAAGGGCAUCGUGACGCGCCUCUUCAGCGAGCAGGGCUUCUUCCUGCAGAUGCAGCCCGAUGGAGCCAUCAGCGGGACCAAGGACGAGAACAGCGACUACACUCUGUUUAACCUGAUCCCAGUAGGUUUGAGGGUCGUGGCCAUCCAGGGAGUGAAGGCCGCGCUGUACGUGGCCAUGAACGCCGAGGGAUUCCUCUACACAUCUGAUGUGUUCACACCAGAGUGCAAGUUCAAGGAGUCGGUCUUUGAAAACUACUACGUCAUCUACUCGUCCACCAUGUAUCGGCAGCACGAGUCGGGCCGGGCUUGGUUCCUGGGCCUCAAUAAGGAAGGAAUCAUCAUGAAGGGAAACCGAGUGAAGAAAACCAAACCGUGCUCACACUUUGUCCCCAGACCCAUCGAAGUCUGCAUGUAUAAGGAGCCCUCGCUGCACGAGCUCGAGGAGAAGCUGCUGAAGUCCUCGAGGAGCCCGACGAUGAACAGCGAGGAGCGGGCGAGGAGCCUGGAGAGGCAGCAGCGGGCAGCGGAGUCCUCCACAGAACGAGAGGCGUCGUAGCCUGCAGCGCCACCCACAGGAGGAAGACGAGGCGAAGGUGGAGGAGGAGAACUCCCAUUUUAACACUCCCUCUGUUCAGCAACAACAACAACUACAACCACACCGACGACGACAACAACCGCCAUAACAACGACGGCGAAAACAAAGAAAAAAAGAAGCUUAAAA